AUGGGUGUGGAUAUUGUGGAGGAGAAUGAGGAAGGGAGGGUGGCGGUGUUGCCUGGUGCUGCAUUGUGCAAGCAGUUGUUUUCUGCCAUGGUGGCUAAUGGGGAUGGGAAGCUUGGCGGUCAAGGUCUUAUCACUGUCAUAGAGAGGCUCAAUGGAAAGUGA